AUGGUGCGGAAGCCUCGUCGAAAGACCUCCGUACGACGAACGCGAUCGGCUGGAAGCUACACGUCUAGUACCAACGAAUCAUCGGUGCCUCCAUCUCCCGUAGCUAAAUUCAAUUAUUCCUUCAAAUCGUCACCAGGCAGAAGUUCCUUCAAAUCAUCGCCAGGUAGAAGUUCCUUCAAAUCAUCGCCAGCCAGGGCUUCUUUCAAAUCAUCGCCAGCCAGGAGUAUCAACAGUACUAUUGUGGCUUUUGAAGAGGAGCGUCAGUUCUUUCGAACAAGUUUGGAUUGGAGUGAAGCCAUAUCAGCGAGUAAGGCAGACAAAGAAGUCAUUGUUCAGAUCAAGGAGGCCAACAGUGAUGCCGAGAAUGCCUGCGAUUUUAUUUGUCGCGCCCACAGAAUAAUUUGUAGCAGUUACUUUAUGAGAGCCUUUCUAGCCGUCGUCUUAAUCUUACCAAUUGCUAUGAUAUCCAUAGGCGUGAAAUAUUUAAAUGAUUGCCCAGUUCAACCCAUGAUACCAGUUUAUCUACUAGUUGGGGGAUGUUUCGGUUUAGUGAAACUCGGGUCGUGUUUUUGGAAGACUAUCCAGUCGAAAAGAGACGAGAGUAUCGAUAAUAUAUACGAUGCUGGACAAAAGGGUAUAUUUUCGUCACGAACUAACCGAGUGAUGAGCAUCGUGUUAUCUGUAUUUCUUUCUGUCUGGCACGGAUUGGGGACAUUUUGGGUCGGUUCGAUAUGGCGACCGCGCUACAAGCAACUGAUUCACGAACCAAGUAACUGGUGUGAUUCUACUGUGUAUAUUUUUGCGAUGUGUCAGAUUUUAGGAUUGUACGCUUUCAUGUGCCUUUUUUGUUUGACGUUCUGUUUGUUAGCCUCUAUUUUUAGAAUGUGUGGCUGUGCUGUUGGAAGUCGGACUGACGUAUAAACGAGUUGUGCGAUGGUGUAUGUACAGCUUAGUCAACGCGCCUCGAAAGAAUGAUAAAAGUACGAAAAAACAUCAAUGAAACGAUAAUGUGCAGUGGAUAUUCAGACUCAAAACAAUCCAUGAUUACCAAUACGUCAGGAUUGAGUAGAAAACACGUUCGUCACUUCAUGUAAGAUGCGAAAUCCACGACAAAUACGCCACCAAUCACAGAUUACGGAAAUGACGUAACGGAUAGAGGACAGAGUCCGAUAAGAAUCCGCUACGUGCACGUGUACGAACAUGCAGUGUCGGCGUAUAGAGAUGUUGAUGACGUUAAUGACAAAAAGUGUGCCUAGAUGGAGAUUGAAUGCUUAAGUCAACAAUUUGCGAUGUACAUACAUGUAUUCUAGAUCGUUCCAGAUUGCGUUAAUGGGACGAUUAUGAAACACGUGAUUACAUAAUGAUCAAAGGUAUAGUUUUCGUCCAUUGCGAAACCUACACGAAACAUCAUAUUAUUGUUAGUAAUCGAAGGUAAUCUGGAGUGGAUAUUUGACACAUCAUGAGUGUGGGCGUUUAAUGUCGUCUUUCAUGUCCGUCGGUUUGUCCGUCAACAAUUGGGUUGUUAACACGAUAUAGACUACAGUUUGUAACUGAUAUUUUUCAAAUUCAAAUUAGGCGUGAAGCAUUGGGGCCAUGAGAGGACAAAUCCGUCCCGCGACCUUCAGUAUUUUGAAAUUUGGUGUUAAGCAUUUCUGGGUCACGAGAGAAUAAACACCCCUGAUCCCCGCUUUUCGAAAAUCUUGUUAACGCGAUGGGGGCUACAGCCUUUAAUAGAUCUUCUGCUAAUUUGGUGUUCAUGAUAGGCUAAACCCGACCCCCCCCCCCCUUUUUCGAAAAUCUUGUUAACUUCAUGGGAGUUACAGUUUUAAAUGGACCUUCUUCUAAUUUGGUGUUCAUGGGAAUCAGAAACCCGAACCCUAUCGACAUUCGAAGUUUCACAACCUUUUGUUCCGGGACUUCCUCUAACCCCACCCACGUUUGGAAAACUUUAUUAACGUGAUAGAGACUGAACGGAAUAAUUUUUUCCAAUUUGUUGUGAAGCAUUAGGACUGUGGGAGGAUUAACCCUAUUGAUUUUCAAAUUGGGUGUGAAGCAUUGGGAUCGAAGAGGAUGAAUCCUGUCGAUUUUCAGCAUUCUUUUUUUCUUUCGUUUGCAGAGAUAUAUUACGUAUCCGGAAACGCUUGUUGACACGAUCGAGGUUAGAUUUCAUAAUGAUAGAAGGGAUCCUUAUCAAAUUCUCCUUUCGGAUAAGCUGCUGUCUAUGACUAUAUUGCUGCUGUGUGGGUGUAUGUCCACGCUUUGCGUGUCUAUAUUUAAUAAACCCAUCAGAAGGUUUAUGAGAAUUUACUCUGAGUUGUGAUUCAAUUUAAGUGCUAAUUUUUAUAUGUAAUAGAAAACUUAUAUUGGUAUCCUAAAUAAAAUAAUACAUAAAGUUAAUAGAUGAUAUGCGUACAAAUGUGAAUUUUUAACAUCGAAUAAUGGCUGGAUUGACGAAUUCUUAAAAGAAUGCUCUAUUUUUAAACACUUAUUUCGUCUCCAUAUGUAUAUGUUGGUCAAUGGUCGUUAAUUUGAUUGUCGUUUGUACAGGAAAUGUAAGGAUGCCCAUAUUAUUUUGGACCAGGAACUGGACCCUACCCGUCUCAUACUGUUCGUAUUCUUGCGUGCGACGCCCAUGGCACGAAACUUAGCAUGCUCGUUCCGUGGACAGCUGUUCAUCGGUUGAAGUACUUCGAUUUUUCCAGAUGGCUGCGAUGACAUCAUAGUAACUUCCUGGUCCAUAGUACGAGGGUACUUAUUUAAAAUAAUAAAUGAAGUCACAAAUAGUAAUCAUUCAUUCCUAAAUAUAUUUACAUUUAUUAAAAAAAAAACCAAAAAACAACUGAAAACAUAAGAAGUAUAAAUUAUUUUAUUACAAUAAAACGAAAAAAUGAUUAUUUUUCUAAAAUAUAAUCAUAUUUAUUGUUAUUUAUAAUACACAUAUCAUCAUUCAAAAUAUAUCUUGAAC